CGGCACAGUCUGUGGCGCGCCUUCCCGGAAGAAGUCAGUACGGGGCUCGGUGAGUGAGGUCCAACAGUAGGACGGCCGGCGGGUGAGUUCCCCGAGUGUCCGAAGGACAGCUGUGCGCUGGUGGCUAGGAUGCUGUUAAAGGGGAAGAGGUAGGGUGACGAGGAAAGUUCCCGAGCCCUUCCAGAGUAAGCGAGAGUUGCAGUGGUUGGUGAGCUGAUGACUCCGAAAAGCUGCGGAUCUUCGGCUCAGAAGGCAGACUUUUUCUGAAGUGCUGCUGCUGGUCGCCACAGAAAAGAAGUUACCAUGGACUCACUUCCAGCGAUUUCCUUGACACUGCAUUCAAAACUGGGAGAAAGGCCUGAGUCAGGAAACUUCGGUCCUUGCACCCAACCAGAUGAUUUGCCUUCAGACUCACAGCCAUCCAAGUAGUUCACUAGACCUCUGUCUGUAUUGGCCCAGGCACUUCUACCAAGCAGAAAGCUAUCAAGGCAGCUUUGAUUAAAGAUGACGUCUCUGCUCACUCAAGAAAUUCGCCUUUCUAAAAGACAUGAAGAAAUAGUAUCACAAAGAUUAAUGUUACUUCAAAGAAUGGAGAAUAAACCUGAAGAUCAAAACAAGGGAAAGGCCUCACAGACACAAGCAGCUAACGCCGCUUUACAAAGGAAUGUUAGUCUUUUAAAGGAUAUAGAAGCAGCAGAAAAGUCUCUACAGACCCGGAUUCAUCCAGUUCUACCAGCUGAGGUGGCUGCUCUUGAGACUCUUUACUGGGCAUCAGUAGAAGAAUAUAUUCCCAAAUGGGAACAGUUUCUUUUAGGAAGAGCACCGUAUCCUGCUAGUAGUGAAAAUGGAAAUGAAGCAGAAGAUACCAUUCAAAAGAGGGCGCAGCAAUAGCUUCUCCACAUAGUAUUUCAGAAACCUAUCUAGUAAAGCUGUAUAUUAAAGAGUAUUCAGGUCACUGUGGGGACUUUAGGAGUAAGAGAGAUUGCCUCAUUACGUCCUCUGCGACAAUGAAGGUUUGAGAAUCUACCGGCAACUUCCAGGUAAUCACUGGAAGAUCUACUGCCAUUUCAGUGUCAUAAACUUGUCUUCUACCAAACUGAUGUAAGUGUUAAAAGCUGAUAUUGGAAAAUGGGCUGUUGAUUAAGUAAGUUGCUAACUGAGUGUUGUGUGCUGUUUUGUUUUUUUCCUAAUCAUUUCCAUGAUUCUCAUCUAAAGAGUGAAUACCAGAUUAUACAUUUUCUAGAAUCUUACUUUUCAGUUGUUUUAUUAAGAGGGUAAGGCACAAGAUCCAAGAGGUUUGCUUACAUUUUAGUUUUUUAACAGGUGAAAAGACAAUGACAACUGCUUUAGUAUAGUAACACUGAUUAGGAAAUGAGUCAUAGGAUUUUGUCCCUCAUAGAUAACUGAUCCUGUAAAAAUUCUGGAAGAAAGAAGUAAACUGUUAAGUGUUCAAUAAGCAGCUAGUUUCAGCAGGGCUCAGACUGGGUUCUGAAAAAGAACUAGUAGAGCUGAGAAUGGUCACUGGAUUUUGAGUUAUUUAAAGAGCACCAACCUGUGAAUACAAGUAAACUCCUCUCUUAUCUUUUCAUCUUUAAAUCUGCCCUUCCCUCUCCCUUCUAUUUUUGUUAUUUCUCAAACAACUGUCAGUCAGAAAGCUUUGGGUCACAACCCUGAACAACCCUGAGACUGUUCAAUCCACCACUGCUGGAGAGCUCAAAAAAAAAAAAAAAAAAAAAAUUCUAAUUUUUCUAAUUAUAAAAGCAGCUCCUGCUUAGUAAAGGGAGUCCACAUCACAAUGAAAGACUUUCCAUUUCAAACUGGUUUGUAGUUUUAUAAGAUGACAAUAGGACAAGCUGGAAAAAAAAAAAUCCAUUGUGCUGAUAGGUCCUCUAAACUACCAUCUUGGAAAUAUCCUGCUGAGUGGGUGUUGGUGUGGGUAACAAUAAUGUUGUUUUCAUAAUACGUGCUGGCAGAUGAGCACACUUCUCUCCAGUGCUAACAGUUGUAAUUAAGGAAUAAACAGCACAGAGUGUCAGUCCGAUGACAAUUUCAUCUAUAGUGUCACAAUACAAAAUGUCACAGAAUAUUAGAAUUGUUACAUAACUAUAAAAAGGAUCGGCUUAAAAGCCGAAAGCCCUUUAAAAAGCAAGACAGAGAAAGGAAGAAAAAAGAAAACUGGCAUAGAGACCAGAACAAUUUUAUACCUUCUCAAGAAUGUUCUGUCACGAAAAUAAAUUGAUAUAUAUUUUUUUUCCUGUUACAUUACAGUUUGGUUUCUAGCCAUCCAGUUGAUUUAGCAGGAGAAUGCAGGGCUUUUUAGCAGCUUCGAAUUGGUAAACAGAUUUAGAUGUAGUAGGGAGAACAUGAGGAAGUUUUUUUUUUCUUAACAUCCAAUCUUUCCCAGCAUAUGCACAUAAGAAGGUGAACGAAGCAAUGUGAAACUUAUUUCUCUUCAGUCAAGUGAAAAAAAAAAGGCUAAACAUUUGUUGAGAUGGUAAAAUAUUGUGUCAAGCAAGUAGGCACAUUCCAAAAUUAAACAGUGGUUGAUACGUGAACGUCCUCAAAUAUUUGAGCAUUACGCUUCCUUUGAGUUCUGUAAAUUAAAUCACCAGUAGGUUAGAUUAAAAUACAAAAUGAAUAGCAAUAUAACCAUCUCAGAAAAGGUUCAGGUUUUUUCUCCCCCAAAUUGAUUAACUUGCUAAAUUGUGUUUUCAAUAAACCUAAGUUUAAUGUUCCCCAGGUUAUGAUUUAGGGCAGAGGGGAAGGGAUUUCUGGGCUUUGACUGUUCCAUUUCCCCCAUUUCUAGUUAGUACCUCAACAACUCCCAGAGAGGACUUUAUUCCUGGCCCCCAUAGAGCUUUUCCCCAGGCCCCUCUUUGUAGCCUGGAACAGAUUGCACCACAUGGUGUAUGUUAAAAAAAAAAAAAAAAAAAUCCCCAAAGGGACCUGGAUACCCCCAUUAAAGGGCGUUAUAGUCUUCAUGUCAAAUUAGCUUUAGAUAGGAAUUUCCAAAUAUAUUUUUUCUGUAAGGAGGGGAGAAAUACCACAUCUAAUACAGAUUUUGUACAUAAUUAGUAGGAAAAAGACAAGGAAAAGGAAAUGUCAUCCAUUGAGUCUUUUUCCUCUCUAGUCAGUGCCCUUACAUAUACUAUAUUGUAUAUCCACUAGCCUUUAUGAAAACUAUGAGUUUCUUUUUUUUUAUCUUCAGAAUAAUAGGGUUUUCUAAAUAAAGCUUGUUCCAAGAAUUUUUCAUAGCCUUUCUUGGGUUACUGCAAAUGCAUAAAUAUUCAAAGCUCAUUCAAAGCUGAAACACUUCUAGUGUAUGAUAUUAUUAAGCUACAAAAUGCUAAAGAUCAGAAGGAGCUGUAGUUUUUCUCUGAAAUAUUAAUUUUACUAAAG